UACGGUGAACGCUCCUCACUCCGCCGCUGAAACAGACGAUUUCCAAACCGAGAGCCCAGCAGUUCCUCCCUGUCCAUCUGCCUUGGGCCUUUCAUCGAACACCUGGCUGGCUGGCUUGAGUGGCUUUGAAGAUGGACAUGGAUUUGCUGGAAUGCCCGCUCUGCCCUUUCUCCGUCCUCAAGAAAGACAAUUAUGUUUUGCAACUGCACUUCGAGCAGAUUCACACCGAGGAUAGCCCUUUCCGAAUAGAGAAUGACCCAGAACCGCUACCACCUGCUGUCGUGCCAGAAAAGCCGUCCCCAACUUCCUCAAACGACGGGGACACGCCUUCCGACCUUGAAGACGAAAACAGUGUGCUAUGUCCCGAGCCCGACUGCCGCGAGGUCAUCCUCCUUUCCGACUUCAACACCCAUCUCGACUUGCACGCCGCAGCAACCUUAUCAUUUGACGAGACUACCGGAAAGUAUCAUUCUCAGCCACCGGCCAGCAGCAGUAUGCAAUCAUCAUCGAACAAGCACAUCAACAUCACUCUUAAGUCAGGUACGAAAGCACCUUCAUUCCUAACGCGGAACCUCGGCAAUGCCACUCCGUCGAGCCCGUCUCGCCGCGCCGACGAGGAUGCGCGCAAGCUGAAGAAGAAGUCUCCGAAGAGUAGGGGCAACUCUACUGGGAGCGAGAAGAGUACGCUGUCGAGGAGUAUUGCCGCUUUUAAUCCGUUCACCAAGGCGCAUUCGGUCAGAGCUUCGCAGAAUACGGCUCGUCUGGGGAGAGCAGAGCUGGGCCCUCACGCUUGGGAAGAUCGCAUGCCGAAGUGGUUACACGAUCAGCUUGCGAAUGGCCCUAAGAUCACCAUUGUCAACCGCAUCGGUCGCGAUGGCCGCCUCAUCAAGCAGGAGCACGUCCAGAACGAGACGCCCGGUAUCAUCCCCAUCCUCGCGCAGCUGUCCGCCCUGGACCGCACAGUUAAGCAGGCGUAUUACUGUCAUCCGUCUACCCUCCAUAUCGGCAAGACUCCCAAGGAAGGCGGCUUCUGCGGCUAUCGGAAUAUCCAGAUGCUCAUCUCGUAUAUUCAGGGGGCGCGUGCGCAGGGUCUAGAAGAGUUCCCUGGUCGUACGCCGGGUGUGCUGAAGCUUCAGGACAUGAUUGAGAGGGCCUGGGAUAAAGGUAUCAAUGAGAUUGGUCGCCAGCAGACAGGUGGUAUCCGAGAUACCAGGAAGUAUAUUGGCACUCCAGAGGCUCAGGCUUUAUUCCUCAGUUGUCAGAUUGACUGCGCCGUUGAGCUGUUUACCGACUCGCCCGACGGCCAUAUUGAGGCCCAUGAACAACUUCUCUAUGCCAUCGAGUCAUACUUCAAGCAAGCCCCCGUCCGGUCUGACGGCUCCAACGUCUGCAAGACGCUGCUCCCGCCUAUCUAUCUUCAACAGCCCGGUCAUUCAGUCACCAUCAUCGGUUUCGAACGCCGCAAGGACGGGUCUACUAACCUAGUUGUGUUUGACCCGAUGUAUCAGACUAGUCCCGCGAUGCAUGCUUUGCUCGGACGAAGGAAUAUAAAGACCCCACGACCGGAAGUCCUGCAGGCGUAUCGGCGGGGCACGAGACAGCUGGGGAAGCAUGCUGCUUUCGAGUGUCUGAUGCUUACGGCGUUUCCACCACUGUUCCCCGCUUGGGAUGUAUGAUACUCAUCCUCUGCACCUGACUUUUUUCUUUUUCCCUCCGUCAUUGCACGCAUAUACCCUUGCACUCUGCUAUCUAGAUGAAUAUAUACCUUGUGCCUAUGAUGCACAGCACACAUACAUGCCUUCUCUCACGCCCCUGCCGCUGGAGGGUUCGAGGCAUCAUUUUGGAUUGCUAAAC